AUGCGCUUUUCCAGAGCCCUUGAGUCAUCACCUUACUCCUUUCCGAGCCCAGACGGAGAGCUGCUUGCUACGCUCUUACCGGCAAGCAUCUUGGUACGAGCUGUCGAGUCGUUGGAGGUCAUCCGGUCCAUUAGACUCCCCCGCGACUUCACCGGCAGUGUAACAAAUUUCGGCUGGUCUUCGUCUUCUAGGAGGGUGUUAGUCGCUGCCUCGGAUCACCUACACGUGUUUUCAGUCAGAGAUGGCGACUUCCAUGGUACUGCUAGGAUUCCGUCGCCGGCUGCCAAGGCCUCGUUUAUCGACUUUGGGGCUACAGAUUGCGAAGUUCGCAUCUGGUGUCCCUUCGGCAUCAAGUUGACUCUUAUCAAUUUCGCAAACCCCAAGGUCAUAGAAAUAGCCAACCCCAAGUUUCACAAUGCAGCAUCUGCAACAAGAGGGUGCUCCUCUCGGGCGGGCACCGAUCACCUUGCGCUACUCACGCGGACGGCUGGGAAGGACAUGAUCAGCAUACAUUCCCCGGGAACGAGGGAGGUCGAGCGUUCCUGGCACUCAGACACCAUUGACGCCCAGGGCCUGGCUUGGACUGCGGACGGGAGAUGGUUGGUCGUGUGGGAAUCGGUCGCCCAAUCUUCCAGGGUCCUUUUUUACACCUCUGAUGGUCAUAUCUUCAAGGAUUGGCGAGCUCCCCUCACACCUGCAUCCGGCGACAUGGGUCUCGAGUAUAGUGGAGGUGUUAGGACGGUAGCUCUCAGCCCGGAUGGGCGAUAUGCUGCAAUUGCCAACGGUUCUACCUGCAUAUGCGUCUUAAACACACCAUCCAUGGCCGAAGCAGUGCGGCUCCGUCAUCCCCAGGUCAUUCAACCCAGAGACACAUUGCAAGUGUGGCAAGAACAAAACACCCUUCCAAAUACCGGGUCCUUUUCGUUACCGGGGUUCGUCAGGGCUAGUCAGGCCGUGACCCCGCAAUGGACCGCACUGAAUAGCCUCCAGGAGCCCAUAUCCGGUUGUAAUCUUGCCAAGUUCGACUCCUCGUCGUCCCUCCUGGCCACAAGGCUGGAGGACGCGCCAGGUACGAUCUGGAUCUGGGAUGUGCUCAGUUCCGAUCUUCGAGCAGUGCUGAUGUAUCAUGCCAAUGUGACAAAACUGGAAUGGCACCCUGUGCAACCGGAGCUCCUCCUCCUUAGGUGCGAAGGGGAUGACUACGGGAAUCUCGUGUUUGUCUGGGAUCCUCUAGGCCGCGGCCCGCGCUCGAUCGAUAUAACAACUCGGUUUCCGGGGCCCGUUAAUGGCAGGACCCACGCCACAUGGUUGAAAACGACGACAGAGUCUGCAGCACUAUUCUUCACAGACAGCGCAACGUGCAUGGUCAUUUCACUUGCAGAUUCGGACGGAGAAGCGCUCCCCUGGCGAGAUGGGUCUAUGCCCGCCAACUCCACCGGUCACAAGGGCAACGCGGGGAUGCAGCCAUCGUCAAGGCACUCGUCACCUUCAGACGAUGCGGAAGACAGCAUCGGCUUUGACAUGGAUGAUGAUCUUGCAAGCGAACCAGAUGAUACGUUUGAGUUCCGAAAGUUUAUCGGCCGUUGA